AUGACUGAUAUACAGGUUGAAAAUGAAAUCGAUCAUCAUAAUGAAGAACAGGAACAGUUAGCUGCUACAGAAGAAUCCACACCUCGUAAUCGUCGUCUUCAAUCAUUUGUUGAUCAAUAUGGAACUGAUGAAGCACAUGUAUCUAGAGUUGGUUAUAUUAAACAUUAUCUAAGAAAACAAUUUGCUGCUUUUACUUUUCUAUGUUGCUUAAAUUCAUUCUUGGAUAAAAUACCACUCAUUCGUUGUUUAAAAGAAUAUAAUAUUCGUAAAAAUUUAUUUGGAGAUAUUAUUGCUGGCAUCACAGUAGCAAUAAUGCAUAUACCACAAGGUAUGGCUUAUGGUGUUCUAACAACAUUACCACCUGUUCAUGGAACAUUUGCUGUUAUAUCAUUGAUGAUAGCCCAAGCUAUUGAAAGUGUGACACCACCAUCAAUUAGUAUAUUAAAUAAUAAUCAAACGUCUUCUGCAAUUUCAAGUGACUCUGAUUUACUUUCAAUGAAUGAACGAAUUGGUACAGCUACUACGCUUGCUCUUCUUGUUGGAAUUGUUCAAGUGAUAUUAUCUUUCCUACGAUUUGGAUUUUUAACUGUCUAUUUAACCGAGCCAUUUAUUAGUGGUUUUACAACUGGUGCUGCUUUACAUGUUUUUACAAGUCAAAUUCCAUUUAUAUUCGGUAUAAAAGCUCCACGAGGAAUAAGUGGAGCAUUUAAAUUACCAAAAUUCUACAUUAAAUUAAUUAGUUUAUUAAUUCAUCAUAUUAAUUGGAUAUCAACAGCUAUUGGUAUUGUUUCUAUUAUUGCUUUAUAUUUUGCUAAAUAUCUAAAUGAACGUUACAAAUCAAAAAUUCGUAUCGUACUUCCAUGUGAAUUAGUUUUAGUAAUUAUUGGUACAGUUACAUCACAUUUUGCAAAAUUUCAUUCAAAACAUGAUGUAUCAGUCGUAGGAGAUAUUAAACGUGGUUUACCUCCACUAACAGUCCCUCCAUUAAAUCAUAUUAAUCAAUUAGUUGUACCAGCUAUUACAAUUGCUGCUGUUAGUUUAUCUAUUUCAAUAUCAAUGGCAAAAAUGUUUAGUCGAAAACAUGGUUAUAAAGUUAGCUCGAAUCAAGAAUUAUUAGCUUAUGGAAUAUCAAAUAUUGUUCCAUCCUUUUUUCAAUGUUAUCCAAAUGCUGGUUCAUUAAGUCGUUCAGUUGUACAAGAAGGUAGUGGAGGAAAAACUCUUUUGAUCGGUGGUUUUUCUUCCAUUGUUUUGGGCUUAGUUAUUGUUGCAUUGACUCCUCUUUUUCGAUCGUUGCCAAUGGCUUGUCUAGCUGCAAUUAUUAUUGUUAAUUUAAAGGGGCUUAUUUUUCAAGUGAAGGAUUUUAUCUUUUAUUUUCAAAUCAGUUUAUUGGAAUGUGUUUUAUGGGCAAUGACAUUUGUCUCUGUUCUUUUGUUUGAUGUUGAUAUUGGUCUAUAUGUUGGUAUAUGUACAUCGUUUAUUAUUAAUACAAUACGAACACAAAAACCUCGAUUUGUCGUACUUGGUCAAGUUGAAAAUACUGAACUUUAUAAGAAUACUGUUUAUUUUCCUUCAGCUCAUCAAUAUUCUAGAAUAAAAAUUCUUCGUUUUGAUGAAUCACUUUAUGCGUGUAAUGCGCCAUUUUUUAAAAGAAAGUUUUACGAACUUAUUGAUAUUCAUCUUUCAUAUUCACCAAUUAUUCAUUGUGGAAAAAAGACACAGAAAAAUCCUACGAACGAACCAACUUACAAAUAUGUUAUUCUUGAUUGCUCACCAUUUAAUUAUAUUGAUACAGUUGGAGUUAAACUACUUAUUCAAAUAUUCAAUGAUUUGAAAAAAAGAGGGAUUAAACUGUAUUUGACUGAAUGUCGAUAAUCACCAACCAAUGAUGAAACAAAUGAACAUGUGGAAAAUCAAGUUUAA